UGCAGGUAGCAAAGAUCAGUUUCUGCUUGAUUAUAUUUUACAGCAUCUCAGAUGGGAUACUUAUCACAACCAUCAGAACAUUCAAACAUGAAACCAAUCUCACUUGCAAAGAUGGACGACAAUGAAGAAAUAUGUUCUUAUGCUUCCUGGCUAGAAAAGCAUCCUUCUGUCUUGGAGAAUUUUGAUAAAGUGAUGAGCGUUGCUGAAGGGAAAGAGAUUGUUGUGUUUUUGGACUAUGAUGGAACACUCUCACCGAUUGUAGAUGACCCUGAUAAAGCUUACAUGAGUGAUGCUAUGCGUGCAGCUGUACGUGAAGUUGCUUAUUGUUUUCCCACUGCCAUUGUUAGUGGAAGGCGUAAGGAUAAGGUGUAUGAAUUUGUGAAGUUAAGGAAUGUUUACUAUGCUGGAAGUCAUGGUAUGGAUAUAUCAACUCCAACAGGGUCUUCAAAAUGUGAAGAUCAGAAGCAUCAGAUAAAGGGUGUUGAUGAAAAGGGUAAUCAUGUUGUUCACUUUCAUCCCGCAAAAGAAUUUUUGCCAACCAUUCAAGAGAUAAUUAAGGUUUUGAAAGAAAACACAAGAAGAAUAAAGGGCUCUAUGAUUGAGGAUAACAUGUUCUGUGUCACUGUACACUACCGGUGUGUGAAAAAUGAAGAGGAUAUUAGUGUUCUGAGAGAAAUGGUGGAGUCCACAAUGAAAUCUUACCCCAAUUUCCACAUAUCAAGUGGAAGAAAGGUUAUGGAGAUACGUCCGAAUGUAAACUGGGACAAAGGGUGUGCUCUUAUGUAUUUGCUUGACACUCUUGGCUUUGACAACUUCAACAAUGUUCUUCCUAUCUACCUCGGUGAUGAUAGAACUGAUGAAGAUGCUUUUAAGGUACGGUUUCAUAAAACAUAA